CAAACAAGCCCUACCCUGCUCCCAGCCGUCUGAUUUCUAGUUUGAAUCGUGCCCUCUGUCUCUCUCUCUACGCUUUUUACAUUUCUUGGGUCUUUAGGGUUCUGGGGUUUUGUUGCAGUUCCAUUCGCAAACCUCUCCAACGUUUUCAACGAGGCAAGAAAUAAUUGCAGUUUGCUUUCUAUUUGUUGUCUCCUCGAGUUCUGAACAUUCUUCACCUCUCUGGUUACCGAUUCCCGACUCCAUUUGCAGUCGCAUCCCUUAAGAAGCCCUGGAGGAAAAUGAAGCUUGUCUUGAAAUUGGAUUUACAUGAUAAGGAUAAGAGCAAGGCCCUGAGGAUAGUCUCUGGACUUGCAGGAGUCAAUGCUGUUGUCUUGGACAUGAAUGUCAAAAUGUUGACAGUGAUUGGAACAGUGGACCCUGUUAGAGUUGUGAGCAAAUUGCGCAAAUUUUGGCAUACUGAAAUCGUCUCAGUAGGACCAGCUAAGGAACCCGCGAAGAAAGAGGAGAAGAAAGAGGAGGGGAAGAAGGAUGAACCUAAGAAAGAGGGGAAGAAGGAAGAGGCCAAUAAGAAAGAAGAGAAGAAGGAACUGGGACCAACGGACGGAAGCACGUCUCACAGGCCCUACCAUCCUCCCAGACCAUACAGGCCAUUCUUCUAUCCUCAGCCACGCACAUACCCUUACGAAGAGAAUCGAAAUGCGUGCACUAUCUUCUAAUUUGGUAAGAUAUCGAAUCCUCAACUUGCUAUUAGUUGUUGUUGUUGAUCAGGGGCGGAUUCAGAAAUAUAUGUUGAGGAAGGUUAAUUUUUUUUUUUUAAGGUAUAAAAUUACACAUUGCAAAUUUUGAGGUAGGCUGAAAUUUUUUUUGAUUGAAUUAUUAUUAAAAUUUAUUAUUUUUUAAUUAAAAAUUAAUUUUUUAAUAUUAAAAAAUAAUUUUUAAUAUUAAAAAUUUAUUUUUAAUUGUGAGGCCCAUGGAUCCGCCCCUGCUGUUGAUGCAAAUCCGAGGUCAUAUGCAAGAACAGAGAAGAUGCUGUAGUUGGUGGUAUAUAGAGACAAGUUUUGUUAAUUUUUCUCAAUGCUAGCGUGGUGACGAUGCAGUUUUUUUUUUUUUUUUCAUAUUCUUUCCUUUACGUGUCAUUUCAGUCAUCUUGGGGCCUUAUACUUGAUUGAGAUACUUUCCUUCCAAGUUUGGAUGGCAGGCUUAAGUACACAU